ACUGGAGCUUGGAGAUGCGAGGAUGUCGCUUCUCGUCCCAAGUCGGUCCCGGUAUGCAAGUCGCUCCUCCAGAAAAUAAAUACUAGCGUCCGUGCUAGCGAGCUGGCCGCACCUGGCAGGAACAAUACAAUUUCUGCCCCACCACCCUCACGACGUCCACGCUCCCGACGGCCUCGCACUCUCCACGGCACCGCCCAGCGCAGACUCGCCCAGCAUGUCCGACAACGACUCCUUCCUCCACCUCGCCCGCCCGCUCGGCCCAGCGCCGGUCGGCGCCCAGCCCUCGACUGCCCCGCUGAACGUCGUCGUCCAGCCCCAGGCCAUCUUCUCCGUCCUCGACCACUCCCUCCGUCGCCCCGCCGACCAGGAGCGCGUGAUCGGUACCCUCCUCGGAACGCGCAGCGAAGACGGCACCGAGAUCGAGAUCCGCAACUGCUAUGCUGUCCCCCACACCGAGACGGCCGAGCAGGUCGAGGUCGACAUGGACUACCAGAAGCAGAUGCUCGCUCUGCACCUCCGCGCCAACCCCCGCGAAGUGCUCGUUGGUUGGUACGCAACCAGCAGCGACCUCAACACCUUCUCCGCCCUCAUCCAGAACUUCUACAGCCAGCAAGGCGACGGCACAUGGCCCCACCCCGCUGUCCACCUCACCGUUUCCACAGAGCCCGGCAAGGAGAUCGAGUCGCGGACAUACAUCUCUGCUCCCAUCGGCGUCACCGCUGAGCGCGCCGCCGACUCCUGCCUGUUCAUCCCCGUUCCCCACGAGAUCAAGUACGGCGAGGCGGAGAAGUCCGGCCUCGAGCUCAUCUCCUCGGCCAAGGACAGGGAGGACAGGACGCAGGAGGUUACCACCGACCUCGACCAGCUCGAGCGCGCCAUUCAGCACGUCCUCGACAUGCUGGAGCGUGUUUCCAACUACGUCAACAACGUUCUCGACGAGGAGGCAGAGCCUUCCUCUGCGCUGGGUCAGUUCCUGAUGAACGCCCUCAGCCUGGCGCCCAAGGUUGACGCCGCCGACAUCGAGCGUGACUUCAACGCACACAUCCAGGACGUCCUCGUCGUCUCCUACCUCGCCAACACCAUCCGCACCCAGAUCGACCUCUCGAACCGUCUCGCGACUGCAGCCCUUACCCUGGGUGGCGGUGAUGCCCUCGCCGGCGACAACCAGAAGGAGACCGGCGACAGGAAACAGGGCGGUGACCGAAGGGGCGGCAACAAGGGUAGGCAGCAGAGGCAACAGGAGGCUUGAACAUGAUUUAUGAACAUACUAGGGACUGGCGUUUUUGGCUGGCGCCAUGUGUAGUGUUGCUGCAAGACGCUAGAAACGGCAACACCAACACGGCGAGCAUAGAAAAGAGCAGGAAGCAGGCCGACGCGCCAGAGCAGGGCGCGCGCGGCGGACCGGAGAUGCUGCACGACGAUGCAGAGUGAAAAGUAGAACGCUUGAGAAAGCGAGCAUUUUCUGGCGUGGUCUGAGGCUGUGUAAGAUUAUCGCAGGCCUGUGGAGCAUGAGCAUUUGAGCGCACACGCUCAACAAUGAAACACC